AUGCCCACCUUCCUCGCCCCACACAAAUCCGGCGCCCACCGCACCGCCGCCAUCGCCCUCUACCGCGCCCUCCUCAAGCAGUCCACCAAACUCCCCCACCAACAACACCACCCGGAGAUCUACAACCUCAUCCGGAGGAGAUUCCGGGACCAGAAAUUCAAUACCAGCGCGAAGCAGUUGAAAGUCUAUUUCACGGCGGGGUAUGAGGCGGUGGAUGUUUUGGAUGGGGCUGUUAGGGGUGGGAGGGAGGAGUUAGGGAGGGUGCGGGGGUUGGUGGAGGCUGCGAGGGAGGUGGAGGGGAGGAGGAGGGAGGGGAUGAGGGUGAAAGAGGUGGAGGGGAAGGAGAAGGGGUAUCAUAAAGGCGAAGUGAUCGUCAAUAGAGAGAAGAUUGAUCUGCUCUCAAGACCCUUGCCGAAAGAGAAGCUCACAGGCCAAAGAAAAGUCCCCGUCCUAGUAGACGCCGGCUCCAUCCCCAUCCUCCGUCUCACGAAACCCCAACCGCGCUCCCUCUCCCUCUACCUGCACUCGCGGAUCCAACAACGCCAGCGCCGGCACGACCACCGGCACUACCUCGAAGACUUGCAUAUGCUAGCGCGGGAGGAGGAUCGCUGGGACGGGCUGGUGGGCGGGAAGGAGGAGGGGGUGUGGUGGAGUUGGGAGGUUCAGCGAGCGCUCGGGGAGGUUCAGGGGAAGUUGCAGGCGGAGAGGGAGAGGAAUCGGGAGUGGGCGGAGAGGUUGCAGGGGGUUGUGGAUCGGGAGAGGGAGGCGAUGGAGUGGGAGAGGGGGGUGGAGGAGAGGGUUAAGAUGGAGAGACGGAAGAUGAGGAAGGUAGAGAAGAUUAGGAGGAAGUGUGGUGCUGCUGAUGGGUGA